AUGAGCACCCAGCAGCAGACCGAAACCGACACUGCGGCUGGUCGUGCAGAACCAUCAGCCUCGAAUCCAACAUUUGUUCAAAGUGACACCGCCAGCCCCCUAUCAACUGCACCAGCACCCCAGGAAACCCCGUCCGCACCGGCCCCGUUACAACCCAAGGCCAGGGUGAUCCUCCUCAUCGCGUCUGUCUUUGUGAGCGUGUUCCUCAUCGCGCUGGAUAGGACAAUCAUAUCCACGGCCACCCCCGCCAUCACAGACGAAUUCCACUCAUUACCAGACGUCGGAUGGUACAACAGCGCGUACACGUUGACUUCAGUGGCGCUGCAGUUGCUCGUCGGGAAGGUCUACAUAUUCUAUCCCAUCAGAUCCGUCUUGCUAUGCAGCGUGCUUCUCUUCGAGAUUGGUUCGGUCGUCUGCGGUGCUGCGCCUGCUUCAGACGUCUUCAUUGCUGGCCGAGCCAUCGCGGGUAUGGGAUCAGCCGGCAUCAUGGUGGGAUGUAUCAUGGUCAUAGUAGCUGCGGUACCCCUGGAGAAACGUCCAAAGAUACAGGGCUUCUUUGGUGCACUGUUUGGGAUCGCCUCCAUCAUCGGGCCCCUUGUCGGCGGCGCCUUCACCACUCACGUCACUUGGAGAUGGUGCUUCUACAUCAAUCUCCCCUUUGGCGCCAUUGCCCUGGUCGUCAUCGCCAUCUGUCUCAAAGUCCCCGACAGGGACAAGAUCAAUACGCCUCUUCUGGAGAAACUGAAGCAACUUGAUGGAGUCGCCUACUUCCUGCCCAUUUGGUUCCAGGUCGUCAAGAAUGUGUCUGCCGUGGACUCGGGCAUCCGACUCCUCCCCCUCAUGCUUUCCAUGGUUCUCGGUACGAUGAGCAACGGCUUCUUUGUGCAGCGGGUUGGAUAUUACACCCCCACAGCAAUCAUCGGCGCGUGCUUGAUGACGGUUGGUGCCGGUCUCCUGACGACCCUGCACAUUGACACGGGCGCGGGCAAGUGGAUCGGUUAUCAGAUCCUGGCUGGCUUCGGCCUCGGAAUAUGCUUUCAAGCGCCCAAUCUAGCCGCCCAAACAACGCUGCCGACAGAAGAUGUUCCCAUUGGUACCUCACUGAUGAUGUUCGGUCAACUCAUGGGAGCGACCGUUUUCGUCCCCGUGGGGACCAACGUGCUGAACAACCAGCUCAUCUCGCGCCUCUCCCGCUUGCCAGGGUUUGAGUCAAAAUCUGUCACACUCGGUGGUGCAAAUGCGAUAUUCAGCGACAUUCCCGCCGACUAUCGAGCCGAAGCCCUCCACAGCUACAAUGAGGCGAUCAGGACUGUUUUUGCAAUGUGGUACCUUCAAUCCGCGCAUCCGCAACUGGGCAUGACCACCAUCAUGGCAUUAUCCAUGGCCAGCGGCAUCACCACGUCUCUCUUGCUGGAGACGACUCUGCUGAGAUACGGUCGCGACAAGUUGGCCUGGAAGGUUGCAGCACAGACAGCCGCCGGAAUGAGUAUGAUAUCCAUGUUGACGAUGGAAGUCGCGGAGAACAUGGUAGAUUACCAUCUCAUGGGCGGCGCUGUUCAGUUUGAUUCUCCUUCGUUCUGGGCAGCUGCACUGGUCUCCACGAUCGCUGGGUUUCUCGCACCAUUGCCAUACAACUACUAUAAGCUUAGGAGGUUUGGCAAGGCGUGCCAUUGA